ACUGGCCAUAACCUCACAUUUCAAAAUUUGCGUUGAGAAAGUUCAUGAGGAGAGAAAAAUCUCAAGAUCUUGGCAGAUUUUCAAUUAAAUUGUGUAAUUAAGGUAGCAAGGGUUUAGUCAAGGCCAUGAAGUGUCACUACGAAGUGCUGAAUCUCGAGAGGACGGCCGAUGAGGCAGAGAUAAAGGCAGCAUACCGAAAGCAAGCACUACGUUGGCAUCCGGAUAAGAAUUUGGACAAUCCGGAUGGGGCUAAGACACAGUUUCAGCUGGUUCAGCAGGCCUACGAGGUGCUCUCGGAUCCCCACGAACGAGCCUGGUACGAUAACCAUCGCGAACAAAUUCUCCGGGGGCGACAGACGGACUACGAAGAUAACUCCUUGGAUGUCUUCCAGUACUUCACAGUUUCAUGCUUCCGAGGGUAUGGAGAUGAUCCGGGUGGCUUCUAUGCCGUCUACGGGGAGAUUUUCGAGAAACUAGCAUCGGAAGAAAUUGAAUUUCUCGACACGGAGGAGGAGUUUGAGAUGAUUCCGAAAUUUGGGACAUCCACAUCGGACUACGAGGAGGUUGUGCAUCCCUUCUAUGCCUACUGGCAGAGCUUUUGCACAAAGAAGAGUUACGCCUGGUUAUCGCCCCACGACAUCAACGAAAUUCGGGACAGACGAAUUCUCAAGGCGAUCGAGAAGGAGAAUAAAAAAGUACAGCAAAAAGCGCGCCGAGAGCGAAAUGAAGAGAUAAGGAACCUCGUUGGAUUCGUGAGAAAGCGCGACAAGCGUGUACAGGCCUAUAGAAAAGUUCUGGAGGAGCGACUCCAGCAGAAUCGCGCCAAGCAGGCUGAGAGUCAGUUGGAGCAGCUACGACGACGCAACGAGGAGAUUGCCACGGCACACAAAAACGCUCCCAAGAAUUUCCUCAAUUCCGACUACGAGGAGCAGCUGAAGAUGCUCGAGAAGGCCUACCUGGAUCCGGAGGAGCUUGACGAGGAGAGCGGUGAGAGUGACGAAGAGGAGGAGAGUUUAGCUGCAGGAGUGGCAGAAGUGAAGAUUGAAGCUGAAGAGAUUGACGAUAGUGCGAAUUGGGAUGAAUUCUACUGCGUGGCAUGCAAUAAGACGUUCAAGAAUCAGAGCUCCUACCGCAAUCACGAAUCAUCCAAGAAGCACAAAGAGAAUGUCCAGAGAAUUAAGCAGGAAGUGCAGGAAGAGGAAGAAGAGGAAAUAGUGGAACCAGUUAAAAAUUGUGAUUCAACCGUGAAUGGAUUUACUUCAGAAUCCGACGAAGAGGAAAUAAUGGAGAUCAAGACGAAGGCAAAGGCAAAUAAACGAAAGAAAAAUCAACGAAUUCUCUCCCUCGGAUCAGACAGUGAAGGUGAUCUGGAUACAUUUGGGAAGCUGUCUGAACCCGAAGACGACUGGGAGGACAGCAAGAGAACUAAAGCAAAAUCCAAACCUUCCCGUGCGAAACCAACAAAGGCAGAAGUUCGAGAAGUGAAGGCUGAGGUUAAAGUUCCCCAAGAAGCUGCCCCGACAAAUACUGACACAGAUACGGAUCACACGUGUGUCACGUGCAAUGAAAAAUUCUCCUCAAAAAAUAAAUUGUUCACUCAUCUCAAGAAAACCAACCAUGGCGUGUACAUCCCCAAAUCCGGGAAACCAACAACUUCUUCCGGUCCCAAAAGAGCCGAGAAGGUGAGUAAGAGAAAAGCUUAAAUUGUUAGUUUAAUAUUUUUUUUCCUUUUCAUUUUAUUAAAGAUUAAUUACAUAAAAAAUAUGCUCAAAAAUUAAUGUUGUAUAAAAAAAUACAUUCAAAAAUUACCCUUAAAAAUA